CUCCCGUGGGAUCUGCAAGCGCGCGCGCGCAGUCGCGUCCGGGCGUCGACGGGAUCGUGUUCCGGCAAUCCGACUCUGCGUGAAACGAAGGCAGGCGAAGGAGCCAUAGACGAGGAGAGGCUGCAGCCCGUGAGGCCUUUGUUUGAUCAUUGGGGUUCGAUCCUUACGCCAGCAAGACAAAGACUGGCCCCAGCCCGAUUGCCACCCUGUUUAUUGAAGGAGCAACACACUGAGCGCCGCACAAUCUGGCCGUAUGGACGAUAAACAUUUCUCACUCUCACGAGAAGCUGACAACCCAUCGGUUCCGCUGCCACAGUAAUUUUCAAUGCCAGUGGUUGAAACGCCCGUAACGCUAUCCUGACAACAGUCACGGGGUCCAAAGGUCCACAAGGUGGCGGAGCCCUAAUCGCGUGCUGGCAUAGUGCUUCGUGGAGACAAGGAAGUUACCAAACGGGAGGUUGCCACACCGGAGUUGGCAGCGUUGUUGGACUUCGAAGCUCGGCCAGCUGCGUGACACGGGCGAGCAUGGACCGCUGUCCGAAUGAGGGCUGCCUGAAGGAGCUUUCGGAAACAGAAAUCAAGCCGCACCUGGAAAGAUGUGCCUAUCGAACGACUCGCUGCAAUCUGUGCAGCACAGACGUAGUUUUGAACAGUUUCCUUGAGCACUGUACCACCACUUGCCCCAAGAGAAGCGUUAUAUGCAAGGUCUGCACAGCUGUGAUCUUCGCAGGGGAAAUGCAGGAACAUUCCAAGACUUGCCACAGUGUGGGCGAUAAAAUAGAAAAAUCUAUCGUCCCACAGGGUAAAGGUGCCUCGAAGAAAAAGGCAAAGAGUGGCAACAUCAACACGGAUGCCGAAAUCAAAGAACUGCGGAAACUACUGAACGCUGCGAUGAAGGAGAUAGCCGAGCUGAAGCUUUCACAGAGCGUUCAGGAGAGAAAGACGGCCGCCCUACUGCGUCGAACGGGGGCGUCGUACGUCUGGUGUCUGGAGUCGUACCGCAUACUUCGCCGGCAUGCGAUCUCGCGCCGUGACGACUGUCUCAGCGAGCCAAUCUUCUUCGGCCUGGCCGGCUGCAAGUUCAGGCUGCAGGCUAACCUGUACGGCAUCGGAUGCGGUGCUGGCACGCACAUGGCUUUUUUCGUCCAGUCCAAGGUCGUGGAUGUGGCCAGAAUGGACAGUUGCUGUGUCAAGAAAACUAGGUGCUUGAUCCGGGUGGCCUCGCAGCGGGAGGGCGUGGAUCACGUCGACCUUACGUUCGACUUCUCUGUCUCGGGUCAGGACCGUCGACGCUCCACGAGCCGUCCGCUGCACAUGUGGAACACGCUUUUCGGCCGCGAGAAGUUCAUCCUCUUCGAAGAGCUCGAAGACCAGCGUGUUGGAUACGUUGUUGAUGACAUGUUGAUCCUGGAAUUUCACGUGAUAGACUGAUUAAAUAAAACAAACGCAAGAACAAGCAUGAAGCAAAGAAA